UCGAGUCAGGCCCGGCGGCACGCAGCCACUUGCAACUUGCGCCUGGACCGUCCAGCUCCGGGGUCUCACUUUACUUGUGCGGCCUGGAGGAUCCUGAGGAUCACCUCGUGGCUAAAGGUGGCUCCCGCUUGAACCCCGUUCAAGUUCCAGGGGAGAAGAGGUCCGUGAUGGACUGGGAUUGGGAUUGGGAUUGGCACCAACCAGAAACGAAGACCCGUCUUUCGCCGUGUGCCAAUUGACAGACCACCCCAAUCAAAUAUCAUCAAGAAUCGCGAGCCGUCGAUAUGCAACUGGAAUGAGUAUGUACCUGAUUCUGCACUCUUGCACCCAUUAUGAUCGAAAGGUGAGCUUCAAGGAGCUCUGGAGGCCGGGGAUGUCUGCUACAACCUGAGAGUUCAACUCUCGUCUUCGGUCCAAAGGAGCAGCAGCACCAAACGACCUCGACGACAACACAUGCCGAUGAUGUGCUUCUAGGGUCUCUCGGCUCGGUUCGAGACAUUGUCGCAUGGCAACUAUCAGCUAAUCUGUCAUGCAGAUGUGGAUUCUAGCCUGUCCGACCGUGGCGGUGGCAAGAUAGCGGUAGCGGUAGUGAUGGUGGUGAUGGUGGUGGUUGUUAGCAUUCUUUGCAGUAGCUGUCCACUAGUCGUCGGUGCUGUCCAAAUCACCAGCAGUUCGCAGGAACAACAAGCGAUGCCGAUUGACAGCUUCGCAUCUGUCUCGGCCGAUGCAUCCUAUUAACUCCUACUGUACCUAGGCACCCACGGCUUCUACUAUCAUUUGUCGCUGUGGAAAAGAUCACGAAGGCCAGAGACUGCGGACGCACGCCCUGGCUUCCCCGGGCGCUGGCCGCCUAGAGACUGCAGGGGCUGGAGAGAGCAGUGGGCGGCCACGGGCACCGGGACUGGCAUUGGCAGUGGGUUAAUGCCCUGGAGACUCAGCCACCAUUGGCACCUCCCGCUCCUGCUACAAUCUACAACUAGCACUGCAGUCCUAAGGUACUAAAUUAACUUAGCUGCUGUCCCCUCUGCCACGUUGCAUUCAAGUUCUUCAUCACAUCUGGAGACUCGCACAACCCAACCUCAUGCGCAGUAAGUAGUGGCGGCAGUAGUAGCAAACUACUGCUGUGGAGGACAUCGUGCUUAUCCUCUCAUGCCACCAUUUGCCAGCAUGGCAGUGGUCUGUGGUCUGUGAUUUCCAGCUAAGCUCGGUACAGUCUCCAUCGUCAAAGCGAGCUCUAAUCGACGGAGCUCUUCAACUUCUGGUUCUAGCCUCCCAGACUAAAAUGCCAGCCGAGACAGACGGUCGCGCAUCAACCGAUGGAGGUCGCUGUUUAACCAAAGCUCGGUCCUUUGCUGGUCCCUCCAAGUUCGACUCCCGCAACCAGCAGAGAACCAGGUGAAUCUGAUUACCAAAUCGCCAUCAUCACAUGGAGUGAAAUCAACCAGUUGUGCCGAGUCACUCCCUCGCGAUACUUUUCUUACUCUUCUCACCCUUUCAAGACGCCCCGUAUCUCACCGUCAAAGGCGCAAUACCACCCCCGUUUCAUCCCAUCCGUCCAUCAGGAAAUAAUGGGGGCCAUUGCUUACCUGAGCUUGCCGAUCUUAUUGGCCUUGAUCGGCGUUGCUGCCAUCGCGUCAGUGGCUGUCUACCAUCUCUAUUUCCACCCUCUGUCCAAAGUUCCUGGGCCGAAAUUGGCUGCCGUUUCACGCCUUUAUGAUUUCUACUACGAUUGCAUUCUCGGAGGAAAGUUCGCUUUCAAGAUCCAAGAGUUACACAACAUAUAUGGACCCAUUGUUCGCAUAGGCCCCAAUGAAGUUCACAUCCAAGACCCGGACUUUUUCGACGAGUUCUACAAUGUCACCAGUCGUGUUGACAAAGAUCCGUGGUACUAUGCCUUUGUGGGCUCGCAAGAUGCCGGCUUCGGCACGGCCAAUGUCGACCUGCAUCGCGCGCGACGCAAGGCCAUGAGCCGGUUCUUCGCCACUUCGGCCAUUUCGAACCUGGAGUCGUCGUCGCGUCAAAAGGUAGCCAAACUGUGUCAGCGGCUGGAAGAGAUGCGCAAAGAGGGCAAACCUGUUAACCUGUCUAAUGCUUUCCGGUGUCUCGCGGCCGAUUCGGUCACCGACUAUUGCAUGCCGCGGGGAUUCAAUCUGUUGGACUCGAUUGAUUUCGCCGAGGACUACAACAGACAGGCUCGCACCAUUUCGUACAUUGCAGUCUGGCAUCGACAUAUUCCGAUCAUUAUUCCACUCUUCAUGCGGAUGCCGAAAUGGCUGGUUGAUAUGACGGCCACGGAAGGCGGAAGGAAAACGUUUGAGUUUCAAGCGGAUCUAGCCCGUCAAGCUGAAGAAGCCGUUCACGCCGAGAAACGAAGCGACAAGUCAGUAUUGGACGGAAUCGUCAAUUCGGAUGCCAUUCCAGAAAGCGACAAGACCGUGGACCGUCUGACGCAGGAAGCCCGGACGCUCGUAGGUGCCGGAAGUGAAACGACAGGCAUCUCUCUGGAGACGAUCGUUUUCCAUGUGCUCACCCACCCGGAAGUGCUACGGCGGCUGAAGGAAGAGUUGAAGCAAGUGCUCACCUCAGAGCGUGCUAAAGGUCUAGAGAAUCCCUUAGACGACUAUGCCACGAUCAGGAAACUCCCCUAUCUCGCCGCGGUGAUCAACGAGGGCCUGCGUCUCUCCAACAGUGUCUCUGGUCGACUACCCCGGGUCGACCGGAAACAUGCCUGGACUUAUCGUGCACACACGCACACCGGAUCCACUGACGAGAAGAAGGACAAGAGCGAAACGAAAAGGGAUAAGGACACGACUGACCACGACCGCGUCUAUGUCCUACCUCCCAACACAGUCAUCAGCAUGACCAUUCGAGACAACCAUACCGCCGAACACGUCUAUCCAGAUCCGUUGUCGUUCAAACCUGAACGGUGGCUGGUCGAGGACGCUGAACUCAAACGGCUCGAAAAGGCCUUUACCCCCUUUGGCCGGGGCGGACGCAGCUGCAUCGGCAAGGAAUUGGCCUUGAUGAAUUUGUAUUUGACCAUUGCGAAUUUCUUUGCCCGCUUUGAUGCAGAUCUGUUCCAGACCUCCGAGCGGGAUCUGGAGAUGGAACAUGAUUUCUUCUCGCCGUUUCCGAAAUUGGAGUCCAAGGGGUUGAGAGUGUUGUUGAAGACAGAAGACUGAUUCUGAUUCCUGAACAUGAGGCCCUGGCAAGGGAUGCUAGUAGUUUAUUGAAUUCCGGUGCGAGACAAACCGGAGAUAUCACUGUACCGCGGUAUAUACCAUUUGCAGUAUUUUGAACCUGGAUUGGUGGCACGGCUGCAGUGCUUUACAGCGUACAUAUAGCACAGUAUAUGAUGUGUGGUAUUUUGAACAUUAUCAAGGCAUAUUCGGUAGUUGGAUAACGGCGGAUACGGUACUUUGGUAUACAAUAGUUAGCUAGGUACUCAGGUACUGUGCGCAAUAUAAGGAUACCUAGGCACCCACAUUCCUGAGAUGCAGGUACCCGAGUGCUGGGAUACCUCCCAGGUACGUACGUACCAGGGUAUGUCUCAAAGGGCGUGCUAGGGAAGACUAUAAUACGAGAUAUGGCAUCUACAUGGGUGCAGUAAGUCCCUA